UGGAUUAGUCCAGAUCCACAAGCUACGGGAAGGAAGAGCCAGAGUGAUGGUGGAAAAGAUGUAAUCGAUUCAUGUCUCUAAAAAGACAGACAGUGACACGGUUAUCCUUUUUUUUUUCAGGCUGCAUCGCUAUCUCCCCCCUGCAGGCAUUUCUUAUUCCAGGUCUGGCAGAUUAUAUGAAGAGCUGAUGCAACUUGGCGUUGGCAGGGCGUUUUUUUUUCUUCUUCUUCUUUUGUUUUGGGUUUGUUUUCUGCAUGAAUAACCAAGACGCGUUGUUUCCGACGCAGGAAGCACGUCUCAGACUUUAAAUCAUUGAUAUCUUUGGCGGACUUCUUGCUGGUAGUGACGACGGCUGCGUCUGCUUCCCUAUUUCUGUUUCGCUUCGAAGGAUUAAAAAUAAAAAAGAUGCGCUGAAGCACCCAGGAAAGACCCUACGUCUUCUUCAAUGUGCGUGAGAUGACACUGAGGAUACCUUAGCAGGACUACAAGUUUGGCCAUUAUUUGCAGGAAAAUGCAGCUUUGGAUUCCAUAUGUUUUGCUCGGUGCAACGUCAGUGUGCACCGUUGAAAUGUCUGGCCAUUAUGGGGAAAUCUGUCAAGAACUGUGCGCCUGUGAGGAAAGAGAAGGGAUGCUUACAGUGAGCUGUGAAAGCCGAGGAAUUGCAAGACUCUCUGACAUAAGCCCAGUGCUCUUCUCCCAGUAUCAACUGCUCCUUACUGGGAAUCUUUUGACAAAGCUUUCUACCAAUGAUUUUGCUGAGUACAAAGGACUUACAAUAUUAAAUCUUGGAAAUAAUGAAAUAUCAGAAGUUAAAGCUGGAGCUUUUAAUGGACUGCAGGGAUUAAAACGAUUACAUCUCAAUAAUAACAAAAUCGAUGCCUUGAAAGAAGAGUUUUUCCAUGGCCUUGAAAGUCUGAAGUAUUUACAGAUUGAUUAUAAUUACAUCAGUCAUGUGGAGCAAAAUGCCUUCAGCAGACUUCGACAUCUGGAGGUCUUGAUUCUGAAUGACAAUUUAAUAUCUAGCCUGCCUGUAAACCUUUUUCAGUUUGUACCAUUGACUCAUUUAGACCUACGAGGGAAUCAGCUCAAAGUGCUUCCCUACGUUGGUCUGCUGGAGCACAUGAACAGUGUCGUGGAGUUACAGCUGGAGGAGAAUCCGUGGAACUGCUCCUGUGAGUUGAUUGCUCUGAAGACCUGGCUGGAAAGCAUUUCGUACACAGCCUUGGUUGGGGACGUGGUUUGUGAGUUCCCAUUUCGGCUUCAUGGAAGAGACCUUGACGAGGUUUCGAAGCAAGAGCUGUGCCCAAGGAGAGCAAUUGCUGAGUAUGAGAUGCCACCUCCCCCUCAUCUGGGCAUUGACGCAUACUACAGGACCACUCCAGCUGUUGGCGCCUCCUUCACCGCAUCUGGCAUCGCAAGAUCUUCAUCGAGACCGACCAAGGGACCUCGUCAGUCAGCCAAAUUAAAAUCAAAACCCACCGCCCGUGUCCCGUCCAACAAGCCACAGAAUUAUGGUCAAAUUGUGUCGUAUCAGACCAAAUCUCCAGUGCCUUUAGAUUGCCCAACUGCCUGCACCUGCAAUCUCCAGAUUUCAGACCUUGGGCUGAAUGUGAACUGCCAGGAGAGAAAGAUUGAACAGAUCUCUGAUCUGAACCCUAAACCAUACAACCCCAAAAAGAUGUAUCUUACAGGGAACUACAUCUCUGUGGUGCAUUGCUCAGAUUUUAUUGAGGCAACUGGAUUAGAUUUGCUUCAUCUUGGUAACAAUAGGAUAGCUGGGGUAGAUGAUAGAGCUUUUGGCGAUUUGACAAAUCUGCGAAGACUGUACCUUAAUGGGAAUUUGAUUGACCAUCUUAGAUCCAAUAUGUUUUAUGGACUAGAGAGCCUGCAGUUCUUGUAUUUAGAGUACAAUGUCAUUAAAGAAGUAACUGCGGACACUUUUCAACAUGUCCCAAAACUUCAGCUUCUUUUUUUAAACAAUAAUCUCUUGAAAACUUUACCUGAGGGCACUUUUAAUGGCUUGACAUUAGCUAGACUAAAUCUUCGUAACAACCACUUGCGGUAUCUUCCUGUCAGGGGUGUACUUGAUCAAUUAACAGCCCUUGUUCAAGUCGAUUUAUACGAGAAUCCCUGGGAUUGCUCGUGCAAUAUACUAGAUCUGAAGAUGUGGCUGGAGCUGCUCAGCAUGGGCACAGUUGUAAACAACGUCAUCUGUGGCUCCCCCAAGAAGCUGGCUGGGGAAGAUAUGAGAUACAUUAAGACUACUAAUGUCUGCCCUAAUAACUCUGAGAUACUUGCUUCUAUGAUUCCGCCCUCCGAGGAAUCCUUCCCGGGGAGCACUAUCACUAUAGAAACAUCUUUAGACUCCGACACUCAGCUCAACACUAUUCCUUUAUCUGUAAUGAUUCUUGCCCUUCUCCUCUUAUUUAUUGUGUCUGUGUUUGUGGCUGCGGGACUGUUUGUGGCUACAAAAAAGAGACGCCAGAAGAGUCAAAGUGAGCAGAAUGAAUCGAUGAAUGCUUGCAUUAGCUCUCUCAACAUGGAGUACGGCCUUUACAAAAAGGCAUCCAUUCCCAAAGUAAGAACAUCAGCUGGGCAUGUAUACGAGUAUAUCCCACCUCCUACUGAAGCCACAUGCAGAACUGGUGCACAAACCCCCAUGGACAACAAAGCAGUGGAUGGAUUUAGAGACUUUGACGAGUUAAGCAGCGCCUUUCUGGGUAACCUCGAUGAAGAGGCAGCCAGUAACGUGAUAAGCUCGGAGUACAGCGCCACCACUCCAGAGCCUCUUAACAAGCCAUCCACCCCUUACCGAGACGAUCCGUGCUACUAUAGAGACGUACUUGAACCUGACAAGAACAGACGCCACAGCAGCACGUUACCUUGCAGACACGGUGCGCACUCAGCAAAUCAGUAUACCUCAGACUUUGAUGCAAGGCAUCAAUAUGUGCAACCAGACAGAAUACAACAGACAAUAUUGUAUUGUACAACGCCGAGUUCCGUUUAUGUGGAACCCAACAGGAGCGAGUACUGGGAACUGAAAGCAAAGCUUCACCUUGAUCCAGAUUACCUCGAGGUUCUGGAAAAACGAACUACAUUCACACAGUUUUAAAACACCUGUCCUCGCGAUGAUCAGUGCGGACGCAUUUGUGUGGUAAAGGGACAAUUUUCUCAAUUCAGCAAACUGCAGUGCAAGAUAUUAAAUGCUUUUUUUUCUGGGAAUUAUGCUUUACAGAGUGAGUGAUACAAGAGGGCAAUUAUUCAUUUUGAAGCGCCACUUAACACUUCAGUCCAGUGUGGUUUGCAUUUGAGUUUGAAUGUGCAAAUAUCAACAUAAAACUCAGAUUCAGGGCUCUUAUGACUCACCCUUUCACUGAAUUCACCCUGAAGAGAAUCACUGUCAAUAAUUUGAGCCUGAGCUUUAACUCUGAAAUUGGCUGCAUUUUAUGAGUAUUAAUGAGCCAUGAAGACGAUACGUUCUUCACCUCUAAAUAAGCUUAUGCUAUUUGACAGCGAUACACAUAAGGCAGCCAGUUCUGCCAAUUUUCUUACUUUUUUGUAUGAAACCCAAGCAUUGAAGUUCAAGUUAAAUUUUAUUGAUUUAUACAAAAGUCUUCAUCAAAAUGUAUCAUUCAAGAUUAAUAACUGUAGAACAAUUAUAUGAAAUACAUUAAUAUUCUUCAUUUUUACCACAAACAUAAAUUAUGGAUGCAGUGAAAGUCUCCACUCCAGCAGAUAGGUGGGAGAAAUGUAAUGAUUAUCUGUACCAUGACAGUAUUACACUAGCCUUGUUUGUAUACUUAGACCCUUCUGGUGAUAACCUUUCAUUUCCCAACCAGCAGAAGUUUUAGGUUAAGUUAAUACUUGUUGCACUUGUGAUUAGUAACCAAAAAUUUGUAUCAGUUCGGAUGUCUUUAUUUCUGUUCUCCGCACUGCAAAUUUGUACAAAUGCAGUUUCUGCAACUUUACUACACAUAAAUGUACAUCCAUUUUAAAAUUUCCUUAAAUCAACACCAAAGCAAUCUAAAAAACAAAAAAAAAGCAUAAAAACAUAAAUAUGCAACGAAAACCCUGUUAAAUGUUUGAUUUAUACUACCUGUAUUCCUUGUGCAUCUGUGCAGCUGUAUUUCCAUAACACCACAUUUAAUGCUUAGUGCAAAAUAAAAGUCCAAUCUGCUCGGUGUGAACUAAGCGUGAGCUAUAGCUGCUGACCCACAACAAGACCCCUUGUCAGUGUCAGGUUUGGCAUAAUUUAGAUGAUGAAAUUAUAUACAUUAGCUCAACCUCAUCAAAGAAAGGACACCAGUGUUUACUGUAAUUACCAUUAUGGAAAAAGUGGGUGAGUAAAUUAAUUUGAGUAAAUUUUCCUGACCAACAGUUGAGUCUUGUUUCAGGCUUAGAAAGGGCUGCAAAUAGAUUUAUUUACACACCAGGCUGGAAUGUGUAUAGGAAAAAGAAAAUGAGAAUUUUAAAAUAAUAAUUCUGCAAGAGACUGAAAUAGAAAUAUUCACCUGAGCCUGACUCCCCAGCAAACUAGAACUCAAGUAUAGUAUUUUCUUUGUUUGCUUUAGUUGGUAGCAUUUAACUGCCAGAGCUGGGAAAUAAAUUCAGCAGUAGCUCAUUGUGACGUGAAACUUUCACGUCAUAGCGAGAUGUAAAACUUGUUAAAAUGCGAAAAUGUUCUCAUUUUAACGAUAUACUGCUUCUGAAUUUAUUUCCAAGUUCUGGCAGUUAAAAGCUUCUGUAAGUUUGUCCUCAGUGUUUAUUGUUCAGGACCUGCAGUGUACAUACAAGCAGAGGGACAUCUUUUAAUAAAGACCUCACUUGUUAACUUACAAAAGGAUGAAGCAAAACUCGAAAAAAUUCAAGAGGUUGUCUAAUGUGCUGAAAUGAAGUUAUAAAGUGGUGUAUUUCAAAUCAAAGUGAUUAAUUUUGCAUGUUAAUGCUGAGAAUUAUGAAAUUUUACCUGGUUCUGAGACAUAAAAAAAAAAAGAUCAAGUAAGUAAUCAAGUCGGUAUUUUUCAUUUCUAUAAAAGUCAUCUCAAUUGUUGAUUUUACUGUUGCUUGCAAAUACUUUCGAGUUUGAGAUGUCCGGGAACAGCAGCAGUGUGCAUAAUGCCAGUUUUCAACCCAUGGCACUGGGUUGAAAACUGGUUGAAACACAUUUGCAUUUGCACGUUCAUGUAUAGAACUGCACAGUGACCCAGUUGUCCAUGGUGUUGCCUUGCAGCAAGAAAUUUCUGGGUUUAAAUCUCGGUCAGGACCUUACUGUGUGCUGUUUGCAUCUUCUCCCUGUGCAGGUGAAGAUAUUCUCUUCCAAACACCAAAAAUAUUUGAAUGGAAUGAAUUGGACAGCUUAAAUUGCCCAUCAACAUGCGUGUGUGUUCAUUGUCAUUUGGCCUGGUUGCAACCUGCCUCCUGAAAACCUGACACUGGUUUAACUGGUAUGUUGUUCGGAGUUGGGUCUAUUUCAUGCUUUGUCUUAAUAUUCCUUUUAUUUAGAGAAAAUUUAUUGGCCUCAGGCAUGUGUGAGCAUCUGUUAAACAACUAUUUUUAUAUUA